AUGACGGUGGCAGCCGCACCCAAGACUACAGCGCCGCGCGAAAGACUCAACUUUCGCCAGAUGAGACACGGGAUGAUUGCAGUCACGCGGCGGUAUCUCCGCGACGAGCUAGGCGAUACGGAGCCCAUGCGGAUUGCUGCAUCAGAGCUUCUGGCAGGACACUCGGUGCAAACAGGGAUGCAAGUGUACGGCGUGGACAAGUUCACGUUUGAGGGAGUGGACCACUCAACGGCAUAUUCCAUGCAGGAGGAGAUCUCCAAGCGGUGGAUACGGUGGUUGGGGCUUGAGAGCGAUCCGGAGGUGGUGUUGGCAGAUGCUCAGAAGCGGACGUUCAAUGGAGCGUAUGUCCACGACGAGCGCAGCGCAGAGGACCUGGUCAUGGCCGGCAAAGAGCUGUACGGUAGCGACUUUGUCUUUACGAGCAUUGAGCAGAGUAUGGCGUGUGUGGAUGGUAGGCCCAAGGUUGUCGCAGUCCAGGCCCCGACCGGGUUUGGCAAGACCCUGUUGUUUCAGCUUUCACUCAUCUGCCACGCACGGCGGAAUCAUGGCAUGGUGUCCUUUGUAUUUGUGCCGUACACAGCACUCCUCACGGGCACCAUCCAUAGACUCGGCGAGCGGGGCAAUCUGCGCGUGCAGACGGUCAAGCAACUGUUCGACGCGAACCCGAUUCAUAAUCACGCGUUCGAGGACGUAUAUGUGGGGACAUUCAACGACGCCGCGGACGAGCGGUUCAUCGAGAUGGUAGCCGGUUGGGGGCUGCGGUUCCCCAAUACGCGGCUGGGUCUGCUUGUGAUCGACGAGUUCCACAAUUCGUACGACGAAAAGAGCUACCGAGGGCACUCUUUUGAGGCGAUGAAGCGGAUUGCGUUUGAGCACUUUGAGCGAGUGGUUCUCGUCACCGCGACGGGGGCUCAAAACACGGCUCCAAAAGCACUGCGCACGCUGGGGUUCAGGGGCAGUGUGCACCUUGAGCACACCUGGAGCGGAGAGGGUGAGGAUUGCCGACUCAAGAACGUGCCCAUCCAGUUGCGGAACUACGUUCGCCGGCCCGCAGUGACCCACGUCUACAAGCACGCGAUGCGGCUGGAGGGAGAUGGAGUGUCUCAAGCAGCGACGUUGCUGGAGCGCCUGUUUGCGCACGAGCCCAAAGCCAAGGCCGUCCUGGUGCUGGGCAGAAAACACCAAGUGGAGCAGGCUUUCAAGGAGCUCGAGCAGAGGUUCAAUGGAGCGUAUGUCCACGGGGGACUUGACACACAAGAGAAGGUGCGGCGUGUGCACCAGUUUUUGCACGACGAGAGGCAGCAUGUGCUGAUAGGCACGAAGCUGGUGGCGGAGGGUCUCGACGUGGCAUCGCUGCGGAUGGUGCUGCUGAUCGAUUAUGAGCCUAGGGUUUCCGAGUACAUCCAGUGCGUGGGACGGGUGCGGGAGCACGGCAUAGCGAUAGCGCUGUGGAACAGCGACUCGUUCUGGAAGGACAAGAGAGACAGUGCAAUGUACAUGGACUAUACGAAGUGUCCUACGCGGCAGAUCUGCGAGUACUAUGAGCUGCGCAAGGAGGGGGAGGGGGAAGAGGGCCAUGCGGGAUGCUGUGGGAGCUUUGACAGUGUGACGGGGGAGACCAGGCGGCUGUGUGGGCAAGUGCUGUUCAAUGGGGUGGGCCAAGGGGAGGACCGCCAAGAGGGCUGUGAAGAUGGCCCCCAAAGCAAAAAACAAAAGCACCAGCCAACUAGUACGGCAGCUCCUAUUGACGACUGGGAGUUUCUCAGUAGCUCUUCCGAAGAUGGCCCGGUCGGCCUCUCCCCCAGGGGGAUACCGUCGCCCAGAGCACUUCACUGCUCAAAUCGCUCUUGCGAGAUAAGUACAAAGGGAAAGCUAGUGUGUUUGAGUUUCUUGGGUUCACUGGGCUGGAGCACCGAGACAUGACUCUCUACGGCAUCGACCAUCGCUACUUUGCUAACAUCAUCCUCUUCAGAUACAACACGGAGGAGCAGUGCGCAGGAUGCUUGCAGCCGCGCGUGUCGUGCCUCUGCUGGUCAGAGCGGCCAGAGGGACAUGAGCAGAGCCUGGGUAGUAUGGCGCAGGAAGCAAUGGCCUUUCUCAGUGGAAUCUACCCGCCAGAUCAGUACGAGGACGAGCUGCACCUGUGCAUGGAGAAAACGCUGCCCGGCUGGCUCAUUGAGUUUGCCAUGAAUCGGGACACA